AUGUCUGAGAAUACGAAAGCCGCAUUGACGGAAACAGUGAGAGGUGGGCAGGAUCAUCCUGUCGCAUCCGACUCCGAUGCAUCAGUCGUGGCUGUGCUACAAGAAACUCCCAAGAGGAGCUGGAAGUCAUAUUUAUGGGACACUUUCGACAAAUCGCCUGAAGAGCGCCGGUUCCUCUUCAAACUUGAUUGUGCUCUCAUGACGUUGGCGUCCUUAGGAUACUUCAUCAAGUAUCUUGACCAGGUCAACAUAAACAAUGCCUUUGUCUCUGGUAUGAAAGAGGAUAUGAAUCUCUUUGGAAACGAGUUGAACUAUAUGCAGACGUGCUGGACUGUCGGAUACGUUAUUGGCGAGAUUCCAAGUAACAUGCUAUUGACACGUAUCCGGCCGAGUAUCUGGAUCCCAGCCUGCGAGGUCACCUGGUCCGUUCUCACCAUCCUCCUCACACAAUGCACAAACUCCACACAGCUCUAUGUCCUCCGUUUCUUCAUCGGUCUAGCCGAAAGCACCUUUUAUCCAGGAAUGCAGUACAUCGUCGGCUCAUGGUACCGAAAAGACGAACUCGCCAAACGGUCUUGUCUCUUCCACGCCAUGGGCAACGUGGGAUCUAUGGUCUCGGGCUAUUUGAUGGCCGGCUCGCAUAACCUCGAUGGCGUGCAUGGGUACCAUGGAUGGCAGUGGUUAUUCAUCACCAACACCGUCGUAUCUCUCCCCAUCGCCAUCUCGGGGUUCUUUUUCCUGCCUGAUUUGCCUGAGAUCACUAGAGCGUGGUACUUCACACCAGAGGACAUUGCGCUUGCGAAGAAGCGUAUGCAACUUGAGGGCAGAGCGCAGAGAGCACCGUACACAAAAGCCAAGUUUAAGAAGAUUUUUACCAGCUGGCACAUCUACACUUUGGUACUGCUGUACAUACUGUUCAAUAACGGCAAUGGUGGUAACUCUCAGCCUGCGUUUCCUCUGUGGUUGAAAUCAGAAGGUUACUCAAUCAGAGACGUCAACCUUUAUCCAACGAUUGUCGAUAUUAUUAGCGUCAUCACAACACUCAUCUACGCGUGGACAUCAGACAGCCUCUUCCGCGGCGCCCGCUGGCCAGCAAUCGUCUUCUCUGGUCUGGUCAAGAUCAUAGCCUACGUCGGCCUCACAGUGUGGAAGGUCCCUACAGCAUUCACAUGGGUGUGCUUUAUGCUGUGCGGUUUCGGCGGAGGAAUCAGCGGCUUAACAUUUGCUUGGGCGCAUGAGAUCUGUAGUGACGAUAAUGAGGAACGAGCUCUUGUCACAGGUGCGAUGAACCAGAUGGCGUAUGUGUUUCAGGCUUGGUUGCCGUUGGUUAUAUGGCAACAGGUUGAGGCGCCGAGCUAUCCCAAGGGAUAUCCCACCAUGGUUGCUUUGGCAGUUGGGUUGAUUGGGACAGCCUUUUUAAUUCGGGUGUUACACAAACAGCAGAUUGGGGGACGUCGGCAUGCAUUGGCCGAGGCCUGA